UUAAUUCAAACAAUAUUGCCAGUUCAACGAUAAGUUGUUUAAUAUUCAGAUACUCUACCAGAAAGACACCUUUUUUUGUUCAAGAACUUCAUUUUGAAUACUUAGGAACUAAAAUGAUGAAUGAAGAUAAGUCUUUUGCCAUUCCUUUGGAAAUAUCAACAAACAUGCUUGACGAGAAGCUUUUGCAAGAACGUCUGAAUCAAUUCAAACCAAAACCCUUGAUAGAGUACAAACAUGAUCCAAAUAAGAUAUAUGAAAUACUUGCAGUUGAAAACAAGGACGGGGUAGUAGACUUGGCCAAAACCAACUUUUUGGGUAUGCUUGAUGAUGAGGAAAUAAAAAAAACUGCAGAAGAGACUAUAAGAAAAUAUGGAGUUGGGACUUGUGGUCCUAGAGCAUUUUAUGGGACUACCGAUGUUCACCUGGCUCUUGAAGAAAAAAUAGCUAAUUUCCUUGGUGCUGAAGAAUGCAUAAUUUAUUCAUAUGGAUUUGUUGCCAUUUCCAGCUCUAUAGCUGCCUAUAUCAAACGCAAAGAUGUUGUCUUUGCUGACAAAGAAUCUAAUGAAGCCAUAAAAUAUGGCUUGGCCAGUUCCAAGAGCCGAGUUGUUUACUACAAUCACAAUGACCCCGAAAGUCUUCUAAAUGAAGUGGAAAAGAUCAGGAUUGAAGAGGCUAAGAAAAAACCCUCCAGAAAGUUUCUCAUUGUGGAAGGAGUGUCCUGGUGUACUGGUCAAUUGUGCAACCUCCCAAAAUUUGUUGAAGUAGCCGAGCAGUUCAAAAUGAGGAUCUUUUUGGAUGAGACAUAUUCCUUGGGGGUACUAGGUAAGAACGGCAAGGGGCUAACUGAGCAUUUUGGAGUAGAUAUCUCUAAGAUUGAUAUGACCUUUGGCACCAUUGAAGGUGCUCUGGGUUCUAUUGGCGGCUACUGUGCUGGCUCUCAUGCUGUCAUUGAACAUCAGAGGCUUUCAGGGUCAGGGUACAUCUUCUCUGCCUCUCUACCAACCUACCUAGCACAAAUAGCCAUAAAAUCCAUAGAGUUGAUGGGUGAUAAGCCAAGUAGGUUGGUCAAAUUAGCCAAUGAAGUCCAUGAUUUCUUAGAAAGAUGCGAUUUUGAGGUUAUCAGCCACCCCAAAUCACCUUUCAAGGUAUUCAAGUUUAAAGGAGACAGAAAUAGGGCAGAGAGGGAGGAAGAAUUUCAUAAGAUUUGUGCUGAACAAGGGAUUCAUUUAGUUCUUAGUGAAAAGGGGCUGGUAGCCAACUUAAAUGUGAAUCUGUGUGACCAAAUGCAGAAGGUUUAUGAUGUCUUCGAAAAGGUAGUAAGACAAUUGGCGUAAUUUUUUUCAAUGUUUCCAGAAUUUAAAAUUUUGAGGCUUUGUUAGAUGCAUUAUUACAUGGAAAUUGUGAAUUGUAGGUUAGGUGUACUUCUGUAAUCAAGUUAAAUAUUGUAAAUCCAUUUAAGGGUUAAAUGCAUUCCAGUAUUUCACUACUCUAAAAGCAUAAUAUUCAGAUUAGGAUAAGUACUUGAUAAUUGGAUUUAAAAAGCUGAAAUGACUGAAAACAGUUGGAUCCUGUAUAAAACUAGAUAAUGGCAAUAAAGAUAAACAUCGUUUUUCAA